AUGGAAGAGCAAUUACACCGCCAUACCGCUGGUACUAACGUUCAAGAAGAAGACCAUGAGAAGAAAUCUAUGAUGAAGAAGGUGAAAGAAAAGGUCGACAAAAUGAAAGAUACAAUUAAACAUGGUGGUCACGGAAGUCAUGAUCAGCAUAAGGAUGAAGCACAUACAAUCAACAAUUCCGCGGUUGUCAGGAGUGGUUUAGUACAACCAACAGUUAUGGGAACUCCAGUGUUAGCAGAGGAUCUUUACGCACAACCCGCAGCCAUGGGAACUCCGGUGUUAGCAGAGGAUCUUUACGCGCCUCCUCAUUCAGAUAUAGUAGACCCACCAAUGAGAUCGUUUUCGCAAUGGGAGGAAGAGGAAAGACACGGUGAUCCACCACCACUCUCUACUGGAGCCUACGGAACUCAUCCGGAAAAUCUAUCCCAGUUUGGCCGUCAUUCAUAUCAUCCGGUUGAUGCAAGUAGACAACAAUUGGACAGUAGUGUUGAACAGAGAAUAGGCAUUGACAAGGAACCUUACUACCCGACGGGCACAGCUCCUAUAACUGGUUACGCUACUCAUUUCAAAGAAACUGGUGCGGUCACCGAUCCUUAUGACCUAACCGCGGAUCCCACGACCGGUUAUGCUACUCGUUUUGAAACGCCAAACCCCCGGCCACAGCUGCAGUCUAUCGAUGUUUACAUGACUCAUCCUGCAGGGGAUCAUGCCUAUAAGCAGGAUGUAGCUACAGAACAAUCUGGAACAGUCAUGGAGGAGGAUCCUAGUGGUCCUAAUCCAACAAUGAGGGCUUCUCCGGGUAACUAUCAGACUAAAGUCACUGAUCCAACAAAUACAGGUGGGAAGGAAUCCACGGGUAUCACGGACGUACUGCACUCGUUCGACAAAAUGAAAAUCUUUGAAGAACCUCGGCCCAAAUCUACAAAAGCAGAUCAAGGCGAAACUGAAGUGUUCACAGGAUCCCAUGAUCAGUUUUCACCAGAACUGGUUAAGGCUCAUCGACCUUUAGACACUAUUCCUUCGGACCCGUCUAACCCGAACAGUAGCUACACUCAAAAGAUAACAUCGGCCACAUCAGCAAUCGGUCAAAAGGCUGCUGCAGUGAAAGACUCCAUCAUCUCAAAGUUUAGUUCCUCGGAUGAAGACAAAGCCGAUAUAGCCAAUGAGCCUCAAAAGGCAAAAACGAAGCCGUCUACUGCUACGGAUUACGCACAUGUAGUGGCAGAUACGUUGUCAGGGACUUUGGGUCCGGUUUAUGAGAAAGUGGCGGAUGCAGGAACCUCAGUGAUGUCGAAAAUACAAGGUUCGGGUCAAGAUGAAUCCCUCACUAGUCCAUCAGGGACGAGUAAAGGAGCUACAGUGAAGGAAUAUUUAGUGGAUGCGUUUAAGCCGGGGGACGACGACAAAGUUCUUUCAGAGAAGAUAACAAGUGUGUUUAAUCGCGGAAGGAUGAAUGCACCACAAGAGACUACCACUACCAAAACUACUACCUACGUGAUCAAAGAUGAAGGAGAAAGGAGGCUACAAGAUUCUGGCAACUGA